AUGUCUGAGUGUCGAAUUUGUUUAAAUUCCUCAAAUGAUUCAGCCCUCAUCUCUCCGUGCAUGUGCAGUGGGUCUAUUCAGUAUGUGCAUUCAAGCUGCCUACAGCGCUGGCUUAAAGAAAAAUACCCUAACAGAUAUAAAAACAUGCUAUCAAGAACUAGGUCAUGCAGCACAGGCUUAAAAUGCGAGCUCUGCAAGUAUGAAUUUCAAGGCAAAAUCAAAUUUUUAGGCUUAUCUGGGAUAUUAAAAAAGCUUAAAGAGACGCAGGCUUUAAUUUACAUCGUUCUUAACGUGCCCGUAAUUUUGUAUCUGGUUUAUAAGUUUAACCACCUGCUACGUCAUCUUUUAAAUGUGUCAAAAUCACAUAUAAAUUUAAUCAGGAUUCAGAGCUCAGGAUGCAAGAAGUUUCUAAUGCUCAUCAAGUUCUAUAUUAGGUUCUUAGUCGGGCUACUCCCUGUAGCAGUUUUCGGAGCUUCUGCUCCUACAAUUGCCUAUAGCACAAUGAUCCUUGCAAAAAAUUUAAUAUCAGAAUGUCAAGUUUUCGAGAUCAAAAGUGUCAGUAGGAAGAUGUAA